AUGAGGCGGUUCUCGUCUCUGGAGGUUCUCCUGGUCGUGGUCUCCGGGCUGCUCCUGCUCUGUUCUGUGGGACUGGCCGUGUUCUUGUGGGCCAGCGUUCAGUCCGAAGGUGGCGCUGAGCCGGAGCGCCUGAUUGGACGGAUGGUGAUCACAGACGGAGCGAUGUUCUCCGACGAGCUGAAGAACUCCAGCAGCCCGAUGUUCAAAUCCCUCGCCUACGAUGUCCAGCAGCUGGUGUGGGAGGCGUUCAGGCGCAGCGAGCUCAGUCGGGAGUUCCAGACGUGUCAGGUCUCAGACUUCAGUCAGGGCAGUGUGGUGGUGACCUUUGACCUCCAUUUCAAUCAGCUGAUCGACAGGAAGGAGGCGGAGCUGCAGCUGAGGGCGGGGCUUCAGGACAGCGGGGGGCUGAUGAUUGACAGGAACAGCAUCCAGGUCACAGAGGAAGUGGAGCAGACGACGACGGCGGCGGCGUCGAGCGUCUCUCCGACAGCAGCGGCGUGUCGUCCUCAUCACACUUCCUGUGCCGAUCAAUCGAUGUGUGUCCUGAUCGAUCGGCUCUGUGACGGAGUCCUCGAGUGUCCCGACGGCUCCGACGAAGACUCCGCUCGCUGUGCAACGGCGUGUGACGGACAGUUCCUGCUGCGAGGGCCGAGCGGUUCGUUCAGUUCAUCCGACGACUCUGAAAAUUACAACAGCAGCAGCUCCUGCCGCUGGAUCAUCAGUGUUCAGAGAGGAUUUUCUGUUCGGAUCGAUUUCCUGCAGUUUGAAACUGAAGAAAGCUUCGAUGUGCUGAAAAUCUAUGAAGGAGUGGGAGCAGAGAAACAGCUGAUAGCUGAGCUCUCAGGCUCCGCCCCUCCUGGGACCGUGUGGGUGCUGGCCGACCAAUCAACUGUGGAGUUUUUUUCUGAUGACAUCAACAACCUGUCGGGGUUUAACGCCACCUACAGCGCCGUCAACCUCACACACCUGACCAAUGAGCAGAAGCUGACCUGUGCCUUUGAGCAGGGCAUGUGUUACUGGAGGCAGCAGCAGGGUGACGAUGCCGACUGGAUUCGAACCAGCGGCUCCACGUUUCCUCCCCUGACCGGCCCCAGUGCCGACCACACGCUGGGGAACCAAUCAGGUUUCUACAUCGUCACUCCUAUGAGUCCUGGAAACUGGCCGAAGAGCUUCAAGAUCAGCAGCCUCCCUCUGACUCCUAGCACUCAGCCCAUGUGUCUGUCCUUCUGGUAUCACAUGUUUGGAGGAGACGUCCACCGUCUGAUGGUCCAGCUGCUCCAAACGUCUCCGUCAGACCCUGAAACCAACGUUACCGUGGUGUUUCAGAGAGACGGUAACUAUGGCGACAACUGGAACUACGGUCAGGUGACGCUCAACCUGACGUCAGCUCUGCAGGUGGUGUUUGAAGCUCUGAAGAAAGGAGGGAUGAGGAAUGACAUCGCUCUGGAUGACAUCACACUGACCUCUGCUGCCUGUGGCCCCGCCCCCCCCGAACCAACUAAUGUACCGCCUCCGACGACCACGCCCCCCAUGCCAGCUGACUGUGGAGGACCCUUUGAACUCUGGGAGCCAAACUCUACCUUCAGCUCGCCAAACUACCCACAAUCCUACGGGAACAAGGCCAAGUGUGUGUGGACGCUCCACGCUGUGUGGGGGCGGAACAUCCAGCUCCACUUCCUGGACUUUGACGUUGAAUCGACCAAAGACGUGGUGGAGGUCCGGGACGGGGCGGGGCCUAACUCCACCAUACUGGCGGUUCUCACCGGCAGCACUGGCCCCGCCCACGACUUCUUCUCAACAACCAAUGAGAUGACAGUGUGGUUCUGGACGGACAGGUCGGGUUCAGGUCGAGGAUUCAGAGCCAACUUCACCAGCGGGGUCAAGCUGGGGUCACCAGCUCCGUGUGCAGCCGGGCAGUUCCAGUGUCAGACAGGAAGCUGUAUCCAUGGUAACGGUCAGUGUGACGGCGUGGUCGACUGUCCCGACGCCUCCGACGAAGCCGACUGUGUUGCGUUGCAGAAGAACGAUUCCAGUCUCCAGUUUCAGCUCGUUUCCUCUCGGCUCAGCGUCUGUGCCGACACCUGGAACCCUCACCUGUCUGUCUUCACCUGUCAGUACCUGGGAUACAGGUCGGGGGAGGCCACGGUGCUGCCGGUGCGUCCAGGUGAUUCUCCGUUUACGACGUUCAGAGUUAACGAUAACGGGACGCUGGUGAUGAACGUCAGUGAAACGUGCGACAGUGAGAGAGUAGUUUCUCUGAGCUGCGACAACCAGCCUUGUGGAGUUCGUCAGAUCAACGACCCGAGAGAGACGGACCAAUCAGAGAAGGACCCAAGAGAGACGGACCAAUCAGAGGAGGGGGAAGGUAAGAAUGAGACCGGCCAUAAUGUGUGUGGCAGGGUGGUGGGCGGGGCUAAUGCAGUGAAGGGGGCGUGGCCAUGGAUGGUGUCCCUCCAAUGGCAGGGCCGUCAUGCCUGUGGAGCCUCGUUGAUUGGCUCUGAUUGGCUGCUGACCGCAGCUCAUUGUGUCUAUGGGAAGAACGUCCACCUGCAGUUCUGGGAGGCGGUGAUCGGACUCCACGCUCACAGUAACAGGAGCUCAUCUCACACUCAGACCCGACGAGUCGAUCGCAUCGUCAUCCACAGAGAAUACUACAAGCAGACCAAGCAAGCCGAUAUCGCCAUGAUGCACCUGCAACAGCCAAUCAACUUCACCGAAUGGGUCCAGCCAGUGUGUUUACCUGCAGACGAUCAGCUGAUCACAACAGGAAGGAAAUGUUUCAUCGCAGGAUGGGGACGAGACGCAGAGGAAGGUUCUCUCCCUGACGUUCUGCAGCAGGCUGAGGUUCCUCUAGUGGACCAGGCUCAGUGUGAGCAGCAGUUACCAGAGUACACCAUCACCUCCAGCAUGCUGUGUGCCGGCUACCCGGAGGGCGGGGUCGACUCCUGUCAGGGCGACUCCGGCGGUCCACUCAUGUGCUUGGAUGAUGGAUACUGGACUGUGAUUGGUGUGACAUCAUUCGGGUUUGGCUGCGGCCGACCGGGACGACCGGGAGUCUACGCCCGAGUUUCCUCCUUCACUUCCUGGAUCGCUCAGACCAGACGCUCCUCCCCCUAGUCCUCCUCCUCUCCCUCCUAG